ACCUCAUUGCCGCUCCUCUCCUUCCUCCUCUUCCUCUCCUUUGCACUUACAGAGGCUUUAUAUGACCUUCUAGCGCUGCCCCAUCGCCGAUUCCCCGUGGUUCCUACCUUCAGACAAUUUCGCCAAUCUCGUGGCCCCAUUGUCCCCUCUCCUACGCGUCCAGAACACGGCUUCCCCGCAUCCGCCGCGGUUAUCUGCUGCCUCUCGAAAGACCACUCGUGCCACGGAAGCACCUUUGCCCUGCUCAGUAGACCUUUCAGGUCGAGCGGCGAGACGCUUAGCCAAUGGUCUCGUCCGCAUCGAUGUCAGGCUACCAAUCUUUCGGCACAGAGAGGGCAAUGCCCGAAGACUUUGAUCCCGUCCAGCUGCCCAAACUGAGUCUGGAUACGGCAGGGUCGGAUCAGAUGCGCAGCUCCGGAUCUAAGCUUGCCAACCAGCAACAGGACAAUGCAUACGGAACUCGCAUUGCUCCUGUCCGGAACGAACCUGCUGACGAUGCAGCCGCUUCAUCUGGUCUUCCACGACUGGACUCAAAUGGUAGUAUAGAGUCUCUCGGCGCGUCGAAGACAGCCAGCUUCUUUGCAUCGAGUCCUGUCCUGAAGGCUCCAUCUACCAGCAGACCUCAUGUUGGCUCAAGUCAUGCCAGACACGGGAGCUCUUCCUCCUUCCAGUCGCUGUCUGUCAUCCCUCCCCAACUUCUUCCACCUGCCAACCUCCUUCGCUCGCCAAGCAGCUCCAGUGCUACGAACGGCUAUGCUGGGCCUCACAGCGACUAUCAUACCUAUGACGCAGGCAGUUCUAACCCGCUGAGACAGAACAGCUCUAGACGUCAGCAUGAGCGUCGACCCUCCUCCUUCAGAACAGCCGCGAUUCAGCUGUCCAGUCCUUCAGAUUACUAUGAUACAUCGGCGCUGAGCUCAGCAGGCUCCAUUCGAUCCCGUAGGAAUUGGGACGAGUUUGAAGGCAAGCCGAUCACCCCUCUGCCCAGUCCAGGUAUUGGUCAAGAAGAAAUGGAGUCGCGGGACUCGAUGUUUGCGGGCGCAUAUACUUCGGGUACAUACAGCCACGGCCGGGGUGCUGGUACGCAUUCAGAAACGUCCUGGACCCGCCUGCCCAAUCUCAAUGGGGAAGACAGUGUGUCAAGCCGAGACGACCUGCUCUCGAUACGACCUUCGCCCUUCUUGACUGCUCCGGAGAUUUCAGCGAGUUUCUCUGGCGCUUCCACACGCUUCUCUUCCCCAACGGCAAGAGACCAUCCUGAGCAGUCUGGAACUUAUAGGUCUACAGAGAUGGCCACUCGCUCCAUCAGUAAGACGAAAAACUUCUUCACGGCAUCGCACACGCCAAUUCCGCCGGCUCGGACCCCGGUGAAAGGCAGCGAGCAGCUGGCCCAUGUAAGAAGCGUAAGCAAUCAGAGCGGUACGAGCAACACCUCGUGGGAAUCGCCUCCAUCUGCAGCUUCGACUUCUGUUCAGUCGCCUUGGCUACCAUUGCGGUAUAAAGACAGUGACCUGCCACAGUCCACUGGCAGCUUCACAACUGUCUCAGGCUCUCAUCUGGCUUCGCCGCCCGGUUCUCUCUGGAGCAAGCGGCCUGAUCUCCAACAGAGGACCUCGGACUACACUUCAAGCCCACUUAAUACAACAAGGACAGCUGGCCAGGAGUCCAAUGCAGAAAUCAUGCGCUCGCAAGGCUCUCCCGUAUGCCAAGCUUCUUCUUCGAGUGCAUCUCCCCUGAAGUUUGUUCCCCAGCCAUCUGCGCUGGAUACGCCCAAUAGUCGAUCCGCAGAAGUGGACAAACGCCCUACAGAAGGUCACAAUCAGGGCCCCAGUGAGCAAAUGUCCAACAGUAGCAUUAUGCCGCCGAGAGGAGGUUCUCCAGAUGGAAUUUCACAAUCGUCUCUGAGCAGGCUGCCCACAUUAGCAGACUCGUCAGCGAAGUCUACACCUCCACUGCGCAGACCUCCUUCCACAGGUCGGAUGGAUAGUACCUCGGAUAUGGACGCUCCACUUCAUUCUCCAAGCACUGUUGUGCCCAGUACAGGCGGUAGAGGGAGGUCUGGCACGAUUCUUGACGACGAUGCUGCUAUGGAAGAGUCGGAGGAUGAAGCCACGAAUCGUGUGGGAAGGUACCGAGUGGAGCGGACUCUAGGAGUUGGAGCGUUCAGCCGAGUUGUCCUCGGUGCUCCCCUGCCAUCCGAGACAGCGGGCUUUUCCCUGGUCAGAGUAUCUUCUCCGUUGCCAAUACCUUCCGUGCACAGCGAAGAUGGGAAAGACGUAGAGAGCGGGGCCAAAGAGAAGGACGUUACAGGGUCGCGGUUGAGGGCUUUGCACUGGCCACGGCCUUGGCGUAAGUCUUCGAUGUCUCAUCUGAGUGCGGACUCCAGCUCCCGAUCGCCCUCGAGGGGCUUUCUGAGCAAAAGAACAACAAGCCCAGCAACAUCGCAAGCAUCGAGUAGUCUCAACUUGCCGGCUUCACGUGCCCACUCCAGAUCGGGUUCGCAGGAAGCUGCCCUCGACCUCUUACAAUCUCGACCUGGAACUCCGGGCAUGACGAACGAGGACGUCAGUACCAGUGGGGAACUGGUGGCUCUCAAAAUGAUAGAGCGGCAGCCUUGCGAUCAAAAUGAGCGCAUGCGAGUCAGUUGGGUCCGAGAGGUGGAAGUUCUCAAGCACAUUGAGCACCCCUCUUUAAUAAAGUUCAUCAACGCCUUUUCAACUCCCCGGCAUCACGUCCUCGUCCUCGAGAGGGUGAGCGGAGGGGAGCUCUUCGAUCUUCUUUCGGCUCAUCACUCGGAGUUGGCUCAGCGAGAGUGGCUGAUCCGGAGGCUUUUCGCUGAGCUUGCCAAUGCGGUGGGAUGGAUGCACAGCAUUCACCUGGUCCACAGGGACAUCAAGCUGGAGAAUAUCAUCCUCACCAGAGACCUCUUCACGGCCAUGUCGCCCGGCGAGCUCACGCCAUCGGCUGUGGGGUCAGUACCUCUUCUGAAACUGACGGACUUUGGUCUGAGCAGAUUCAUGGACCCCAACAAGGCCUUCUUAGAGACUCGAUGUGGAUCAGAAGAGUAUGCUGCGCCAGAAUUGAUCAUUGGCAAGAAGUAUGAUGGGCGCAAGACGGACUGCUGGGCUAUGGGGGUGGUCCUCUACUCCCUCAUCUGUGGAGGUCUGCCCUUUGUAGAGGGCUCACCGGGGACUGCUACUUCGCCCAGUUCGUUGACUCUCGGAAGCUUUGGAGUCAAUUCCACCUCUGCCAAUCUGCAGAUGGUGACCAAUAGCACGCGAGAAGGGCCUCAUCGAGGCGCUGGUGCUGACGCAUCGGAUCCCCAGGUGGAUGCUCGCAAGCGCAAGGCUCACCUGCUACGAAUUGCAAAGGGCGAUCUGCGGUGGCCCUCUCAGACCAACGACGAGUCCCUGGAUGUGCCUCCCUCCAGCCUAUGUCCCUCUUCCAAUCGACUGGUGACGCCGUAUGCGAAGCACAUAGUCUCACGGCUGCUACGGCGCGACGCCAACAAGCGCGGCAGUGCAUGGGAAUGCUUUGAGGAUCCCUGGCUCACACAUGGCUCCUUUCUCUCUACAGAGGGAGGCGAGGCUACGGCUCGGGGAGAAGUGGUGGAGUUGCCUCCCGAUCCGAGGACGGCAGAGGGUGCGAUGUGGCUCUCGACGCGAGCAUUUGUGCGCGCAGGCGUGGGACCGGUGGCCGAGGUGGACUAGCAGGGCGGGGUGGGACGAAAGUGACUGUGGGGCGCCGGUGUGCAUAUGAGCUGAUAGUUGCUGUCCAUGUACCCUUUCUGUUGUAAUAGUACCACCGUC